GGCGAGUACAUCGAGGUCUGUUUUUCUGUGUUAUUUUAUUUAUAUUAGCUUUAAACCGAGACUUAGUUCAUUUAUACAAAGCCGAUAAGCAAUACGAUAGAUAUUCGUGAUGAAAUUGAGGCGAAUAAAGUGGUUUGCUAUGCUCACCCUGAUGCGCCCCUUAUCGAGGAUUACAGAGCGGGUGAUAUGAUAUGUUCUGAAUGCGGUUUGGUGGUCGGAGACAGAGUCAUAGACGUCGGUUCGGAGUGGCGUACUUUUAGCAAUGAGAAGUCUGGAGUAGAUCCGUCUCGUGUUGGUGGUCCUGAAAAUCCACUUUUAUCUGGAGGUGAUUUGUCAACUAUCAUUGGGCCAGGACGAGGAGAUGCAUCAUUUGACAGCUUUGGAGUUUCCAAAUAUCAAAAUAGAAGAAACAUAAGCAGCACAGAUAGAGCCUUAAUCAAUGCAUUCCGGGAAAUCAACACAAUGGCGGAUAGAAUUAAUCUUCCAAAAACUAUUGUGGACAGAGCAAACAAUCUUUUUAAACAGGUUCACGACGGUAAAAACUUGAAGGGUCGUGCCAAUGAUGCUAUAGCUUCAGCUUGCCUCUACAUUGCUUGUCGUCAAGAAGGUGUGCCACGUACAUUUAAAGAGAUCUGUGCCGUCAGCAAGAUAAGUAAAAAAGAAAUAGGAAGGUGCUUCAAAUUGAUUCUGAAAGCACUGGAGACUUCAGUGGAUCUCAUUACAACAGCAGAUUUUAUGUCUCGGUUUUGCUCGAAUUUGGGUCUGCCAAAUUCAGUGCAACGGGCAGCUACACAUAUCGCAAGGAAAGCUGGAGAGCUGGACAUAGUGUCUGGAAGAAGUCCUAUUUCAGUUGCUGCAGCUGCUAUUUAUAUGGCUUCACAGGCAUCAGAAGACAAACGCAGUCAGAAAGAGAUCGGAGAUAUUGCUGGUGUUGCGGACGUUACGAUCCGACAGUCUUACAAAUUGAUGUAUCCAUCCGCAGCAAGACUGUUCCCUGAAGAUUUCAAAUUCGCAACUCCUAUUGAAUUCCUACCACAGAUGUAGACUACAUGUUUUUGUACUAUUAAGAAUUGCUUUAAAAUGUAUGUGAGCAGUCUGAAAAAUCUUGUAAGUUUUCUUAAUGUUAUAGUUUGUUAAUAUGUCCUAACUGGAUGACUCUUCUUGAGAAGAAUUCUCAUAAAGAUAUGCCCCCUUAAAUAAGUAUGUUAUACACAUAUUUUAUACUGAUCAGUUAGAUCACUAAUGAUACUGUCAUAAUAUGAAUAAUAAUAUGUCAUAUUCAUCCUUGUCUACCUUCUUAAUGAGGUAAUUCAGUGUUCAUGUAAUUCAUGAUUACAGGAGUAUAUAUACCGAUAAUGAGUGAUACAAAUACUAUUCCAACAUUGGCUGCAGAACUGCAAAGAUAUUUUCUAGAAUUCGAACUAAUAAGAAUUAAUUAAAUAACAUUGGUGCUUUUGUGCAUUACAAUAUUUAGUUAGCAAUGUCCUGACUACUGCGUUUUUACAUAACUAUUGAUUAAUUUUAAAAAGUGAUAUAUAACUCAACUUACCAUGCACUUUUGCAGCCCCCUUCAUAUUAGAAAACUGUAUUAUUUCUUCAAUAAAACAUAAGUAGUUUUUGUUUAUUCUAAGGACUCAAACUUCAUAUGAAGGGCUGAACGGCUAUUUGUUUUAAGGGACAUUUCGUUUAAUACCCGACAUUUACCUAUGUAAUUAAAGAUCCGUUUUAUUUGGUAUUGGCAUCAUCAACAAAUCGAUGUUUUUAAUUGAACUUUAAUUAAGUUUUCCCUAUUCAAAAAGCUGAAUAAGAUUUUAUGUUAUAUUUUUUCCAAAUUUGAAACGUUAAGUGGCUCUCCUGUAAAAUUGCAAAUAUGUCACUUAAACCACAUAGCUUUUCACCCCUCGAUGGUGUUUUCAAGCUUGUAAAUUCAAAGAGCACAAGGUGUCAUGA